UCACAAGAAGUCAUCAUAUCCUGGCUGGUCCCAAUGGUAGUCUACACUAAGGAGAAGUACACUGUGUUCUUUGGUACUGAUAAGAAUGCUUUAAUGCAGCCAUUUUCAAGUAUUAACGGAUCAACUGACCUGACGCUAGUAGAUCAGGUUUAUAGUACAAGAUUGACUGGUUUGCAAGGAAAUACAGUCUAUUACUACAGGAUAUUAGCUGAGAAUACUGUACAAUAUGCUAACUUCACUGAUAUAAUGAACUUCACCACUCCUCCUCCAUCAUUUACUGAGCUCAAUAUAUCAUCAUCUCCUGGUGACAGUCUAACACUUGGUACCAAUUCAUCACUUACCUGUACCAUCACACUCUCCAACUCAUCUCUCUCUCCUCCCACUCAAGUGUCAUGGGUUGGUCCUAAUGGGGCUAUUCUCACUGCUCCAAGGUCUAAUGCUACCAUAGGGUCUGUGACUACAGUCAUGUUGUAUUUGAAUGGUGUAAGGUCUUCUGAUGCUGGUCAAUACACGUGUAGGGUAACACUGGCUAAUGGUGAAUCUGCUGAUAUUAGUGAAAAUAUAACUGUACUAGUGCCUAGUCCAACUUUAACCCUCUCGUUCCACGAGACCACACCCACUAAUGUAUACACAGGACACAACGUAACUGCCCUAGUAACACUGACCUUCGCUACACCUUCUUUCAUUAACACUCAGUUUGGCAUCAAUACAAUAUGGAGAUUGAACAGACAGGAGCUGAGUUCAGUAGCAUUAAAAAUGAGUCUAUUACCUGUUAGAGAGAUGGGGCCUGGUGUUUAUCAAGGUGGUAUUGUUCUGAUGAAUGUUGAUAAUGAUGAUGAAGGAACUUAUGAUUGUCGUGCUGUUACCUUUUCAGUGCAUCCUGGUGUGAAUGUACCUGUUUCUAAUACUGUCCAGUUUAUUCUUGAUGUUAGAGAUCUUCCACGCCACACUAUGACUCUAUCAUCCAGUCCCAAUACAGUAGCAGGGUCAUCCCUCUCCAUCCACUGCAGGAUAGUAUCACUUGAUUCACUUCUCUCUCCUCCUAAUGUUCAAUGGUUUGAUCCAGAUGGAAACAAGAUUCACAAUAAUUCAAAUUUUAUUAUUUCUUUGACACGAAUUUCUCACAAUCUCACCAGCUCUUCUCUUUUUCUUCCUGAGCUCAGGACCUCUCAAGCGGGUUCCUAUGCAUGUGAAGCUGUAUCAGACCUCCCCUCACUGGGUCUGGUCAAGAAAUCAAUUUCUAGUUAUCUCCUUAAAGUUUCAAUAUCUGCUCCUUCUCUCUCACUCUCUCUCUCUGAUUCUCCUCCAUUUCUUGCUGGAACUCCAUUAAACAUUACAUGUAAGAUGAACAUGUCUUCAUUAGUGGACACUGAGUACAGGAUCACUGCUAGUUGGAGUAGGAACAACAACCUACUACCUAACACAACAAGAAUCAUUACUACUAAUGAUUCAAUGAUGAUCAGUAAUGACAGCUACAGCAACACUCUACAGUUUAAUACACUAAGCAUGAGUAGUGAUGGUAAUGGUAGUUAUACUUGUUCAGUUCUGGUAGUUCCUCUUCCUUAUUUAACUACUGUAUCACCUUCUAUGCUAACUAAGGUCUCAGUUGAUAUCAUUAUUGAAGAGCCUCCUUUCAAUGUUGUUUCUUCAGUUUCUUCUCUAACUUCACUUGAUAUUCCUCCAUUCAACAAUAUCUCAAUAUCUUGCAAUGCUUCCACUUUAAUGAAAGUUCUAUCACCAAAAACCAUCUACUGGAGGCUGCACAAAAUUGGAGAGGAAAGUCUUGGGGCGCCACUACUCAAUGGCCAUAAAGACUUUGAAGUGAAAGAGAUUGAUUAUUUUAAUGGUAGUAUUGGUAGUGCUGUAACUGGAGCUACUAGUGAAUCUGGAGUCUACCACUUCAUUUGUGAAGCUACUUUGAUGGUGAAGGAAGAUAUGCAACUAACAGAAGUGAAAACUAUAGAAGUUACUGUAAAAGGCCCAUCGGUACCAGAAUCAGUUACUAAUAUCAAUGCUAGUAUGGGACCCACGCUCACAUCAGCCAUUGUAUCAUUUACAAUACCACAACUAUCGUACACUCCUGAAUCUUACAUUUUGCAGUAUGGUAAGAACCCACUGUCAUUGGACCAGAGGUCUGACAGAAGAGACGGAGUUUUUAAUAUUAAUUUGAGUAAUGAGGAGUUUAAUAUCAGUGUGGCUGGCCUGGAGGUUGGGUCUGAUUAUUAUUAUAGAGUAUUUUCAUCAAAUUCUGAAGGAACCACUGCUAGUGAUCAGCUCAAGUUUACUGCUGGAUUUGGGAAUGUACUUUUCCAGUUAAAAUUAAAUGGAGUUUUUGAUUGUGAAAAAUGGAUAUUGUCAGAUAUAACACAAAAGAAGUCGGAUAUCAUAAACUGGUUAAGUGACUCCAUCACCCAAUCCUGUCCCUCUCUCUGUCUCCUUCCCUCCUCACACAUCACCGACGGUCACUACCUCUGCUCACCCUCCGAUAUCAAAUCGGUCAUAUUCCGUGGGCGUAUGUACGGGACAACAAACCAACCCCCUUCAUAUUACAUUGCUAUAUUAGCAGAUUCAAUGAGAAGUGGUGGUACUACACUAGUGGUUGAUAGCAUUAGGCUAACUACUGAUCCAUCUUGUGUCCUAGUCAUUAAUAGUUUCUCAGAUCGGGAAUGUACUUCUGGCGUAAGUCAUACACCUGCUCCUACCUCAGUUGAAGAAGGAGAUGGUUCUAGUGGUGUCCUUACGUAUGUGUAUAUCGGCAGUGGGGCUGGAGCAGCUGUCAUUUGCGUUUGCUGUUUGGUGGUUUUAUGUGUUUGCAUUGCUUGCAAGAGGAGCAGAGACAAAUCAAACAGAAGGUAUAAUUUAAAUGAAAUUCCAUUGAAAUCUCCAGCCACUCCCACAUCAGCUCCACCAGUGGGUGCGACUCCGAGCUUCGAAAAGAAUUCCUGGUACAUGUCGCCAUCUCGUUCCCGUGGGCUCAGCGUCCCCCUAGCCAAGGCCAACCCAACCCACUACAUGUCCCCCCGCUCAAGUCGACUCAAUCCACUGGAUAAAGGAUCUAUGGAACAGCUGGACCCAAAGAGACUGCGUCAGUCCCCAGGUCCCGGUCGGAAUUCUCAUAUAUAUCUUCUCAAUACUCCUCCUCAUAUUCCUCUCCCUCCUCCCCCUCCUGCAUCUGACGAAGCUAUUUACGAACCAAUACCAGGUUUUGAAGGACCGCCACGCCCACCUCAGGUAGCCCCUCCCCCUCCUGAUUGCCCGGUGCAGUUAGAGCGGAGACUGGUUACUGGACAAUCGUGGGACGUACCAGAACGACCAGCGGAUGAAGAUGAAAGUGAUUAUGAGAGAAUGGAGUCAAUUGGACCUAUUACUUUCAGUUCCGCCACUUUAUAAGAAGAUAAAAAAUACUAUUUUAAUAAUUAUUAUUAACUGUGAUUUGUGAUGCACUAACUAUGCAUGCCACAUGUACAUGAUAAUUCAACUUUACUUUUAAGUCUAAUAUUAUAAGUAUUGAUAAUUUAAUAAAUAAAAA